UGCAAGUCCACAACCGCCACAUCUACAUCGGAUUAAUGAUCGAUGGUCCACCACAUUUGCGCCACAUUCGUCGACCGGAUAUAAGGCAAGCCGAAAUCAGACGUUUUCCUUGUCCUCUUACGUUUCUCUCCCUCACCAGCUCUGCUCACAACACUCAGUCAGCGCAAUCAUUGAACACCUAGCGUCAUGUCCCCUGCUGGCGAGACAAGCACAUCGGCUACUCCACCACGCGCUAAUGCAUUAAGUCAAGGUGGUAGUAAACUAGAGUCCACCCCAAACAGCCGUGGGGCUUCCGUCGUUAGCGAAAACAUCAGCUUGGUCGGUGUCCAGGUUAAGGAGGUCUGGCCGUGGAUUCAGCGGGACAUCGAGCAGGCCAAGCAGUGCAAGGCAGAUGCCAUGCUGCAAGCCCUCCUACAGCGCGCGUCUUGCACGCCGGAGACGAAACAGCCCGAGCUCCUGCAAAAGUGCCUGAAGGAAGUCCUUCCGGUUUGCAAUGGACAGGUCUCCGCUGGAGGCAUAUCGUCUUCGGGCAUCGAGACAGCCUUGAAAAAAUACGCAUGUCCAGGAGUAGAAAACGACUUCUACAGCCCUUUUAUUGAAGCCACGAAUAUCGCGCUCGCUUGUCUCGAAGAGAUCAAGGUCGACGGAAUGUGUGUUCCCGUUACCACCGUGGACAUGAUCUGUCAACAAAACGAUAUGCCCAUGUACCAAACCCACCAGAAGCUGAAAUCAACUCGGAAGCCAGACGCUUUGAUUCUUCCUUUAAACAGCGCAUGCGCCCCAUUCAAGGAUGAGAAGGGCGGAAAGAAGAGCAAACAGAAGAGCAAACAGAAAGACAACGAGAAGGGUAACGCGAAGUAUAACGAGAAGCACGACGAGAAGCACGACACAAAGCGCAAGGCUCAUAUGGUCAAGGAUGCAAAGGAAAAGCCGCCAACGCCAUUCCUCUGGGCAGAUGUCCUAGCUUGCAUCGAGUUCAAGAGAAAGACAAAAGGGAUUAAAGCACCACCCUCUGCGUAUACAGCGACAGACUAUGUCCCUACCAAACCAGAAUAUCUGCCGGUGGAUCAUCUUAAGGCUCAAUCCUCUGCGCCAGAUCCUUCGCAGACCCCAGAAACACAACCUGCGUCCGACACUGCACUUAGAUCUUCUGGCCUUACUGCUGCACAGACUUCCAAGGGCGGGUCCAGCUCCAAGCGCAAGGCCGCAGACACUUUGCAAUCCGCCGCGAAAAAACCCAAGGGCAACUCCGACGAGCCAGAUGUGACGGUUCAGACUGGUCUGUACGCUGCCGAAAUGUUUGCGGCCAAUCUUGCCGUUCAUCAUCUGAUCAAUUUUAUUAUCAUCGACGAUGUGAUCUGGACCUGGUAUUAUGAUCGCCAGGGCACCAUUCAAAGCUCUGGCAUCAACUUCAUUCAAGACCUCCCACGAUUCAUGGUUCUGCUGUAUGCGUUACAACGCUUCAAGGUUCACGAUUGGGGCCGAAACAAGGACUUUCUCCCAGUUGAAGUUGAGGGAAAACAAUGCCACGAAUUCGAAAUCAAGGACGAAGAUCUUGGAACAGUGGAUCUGCUGCUUCAUAGCAGCCACGAUGAAAGAGUGACGCACUACGGGUUACAAGGACGGGCCACCAAUGUGGUCCCUGUCACUAGCGAAGCGCUAACUAAGAAGUACGGCAAUUUACAGGAUGGGAUGGUAGCCAAAAUAUUCUGGGGAGAGGCAGAUCGCACUAGCGAGCCGGAGAUCUUGAAAAAGGUUGAGGAGAUCGCUAAGAGGCACGCAACUGUCCAAGACCAUGUUCCUGAGCUCCUUUGGCACCACACAUUCAUGCAUCCCACGUCCGCCAUCCGAGAAGCGCUUGAUGUUCCGGAACCCACCACGGGCAGUCGUGUUCUCUACAUUCUCGUAUUCCGCAAGCUCAAGCCAAUCAAGGAGCUCCACGCCCAUGAGCUUUUCGACGUGUGGUACCAAUGUAUUUUAUGUCACGUCACUCUGUGGAAGGAAGGGGUCUAUCAUCGUGAUGUUAGCCCUGGAAACUUGAUGUGGUACAAGAAAAACGGCAGACUGAUCGGUGUCUUAAACGACUACGAUCUAUCUUCAUUGGCUGAUGACCCGGGUCCACGGGGCAAUGAACGUACGGGCACGGUACCGUUCAUGGCGCUUGAUCUUCUCACCGCGAAGGCUCAACGAGGUGAAGUCAAACACUUAUAUCGCCAUGAUUUGGAGUCGUUUGUGUGGGUUUUUACCUGGAUUUCCAUGCGUUACGACAACGGAGAGCUUCUACCUGGAUCGCGCCCCGUUGAUGCAUGGGCAACUUUCGACGCUGUGACGUGUGGCGAGAAGAAGCAGGCAUUCCUGACUUAUCUCGAAGACUUCAGACCCUCUCACAUAAAGACGGUCGUUUGGUGUUUUAUUUUAGCUUGUUUCCAGGUGCUUGACAUCGAAGCCUCUAAGCGACGUCAACAACGGCGAGCAUUGGUUAUCAAGACAGAAGAAUCAUACCAGGCGACCAACGACGAGGAAUCAGUAUCAAAUAUAGAUGAUUUGCUAGGCAAAUUCACAGGCGACAUAGCCUGGGUCAAGCUCAGCAACGCUUGCCGUUCACAGUGAUUUUCUUUAGUUGUUACACUACAUACUGCUUUACGUAUUUCGCUACCUGCGUCAGUUACCCAUGGAAUAGAUAGACUCUGGGCAUCCUUUGUGUCGUUUUUAGUCUCGUCGUCCCAAAACGGUCAUAUAUCUUGAACCUUGGCCGCCUU